CGUUCCGUUUCCCGUCAUGGCGCUGGUUUCGGCCGAUUCUCGCAUCGCGGAGCUGCUGGGGGAGCUGCACCAGCUCAUUAAACAAACGCAGGUACCAGAAUUUCGCAGAAUUUGGGGAUUUGCCGUUUCUCCUCAGGAUCCCGCAUUUCCCUUCCCCGAUUUUCGUUUCUUCCGAUUUUCCCCGAUUAAUCCUCACGUUCUCCGCCGGGCCUUGGAUAAAAUCGCCGAAAUCAAAUCCCUGCUUGAAGAGCGACGCAUCGGUACGGCCGCUAGGGGGCGCCAAAACCCCGCUCCCCUCACGGCAAAAAAGGCGGGAACCCAAAAUUUGCUGGAGGGGGACGAGCAGUGGAUCCUGGCUGAGGUGCUGAGCUACAGCCACGCUGCCAAUAAGCGCCACACCCUGAGCCGUCGCAGGAUCAUCCCCCUGCCCCAAUGGAAAACCAACCCCGAGACGGAUCCCGAGGCUCUGUUCCACAAAGAGCAGCUGGUGCUGGCCCUGUACCCCCAGACCACGUGUUUUUACAGGGCUUUGAUUCACACACCUCCCCAGAGGGUGAGUGACCCCAAAAAUCACAAAAUUCACCCCAAAAACAACCCCAGAAAAUUCACAAAAAUCGGCAAAAAAAAUCGCGUUGGAAAAUAA